ACGGAAAACUCUUUUAAAAAUAACCUUUUAUUUAUUUAUAAAUAAAACAAAUGAAAAAGAAAGUAAAGGAGACCAUGGACUGGUUAGGGAGGUCAAGGCGAAGUUGGAGGAGGGUUAGGAGGUGUGUGUGUGUAUGUAUGUGUGUGUGUAUGUGUAUGUGUGUGUGUGUGUGUGUGUGUGUGUGUUCUCGGCAGCCCGCCUCUGGCCGGCUGAUGCUUUCGUCUCGUCCUUGUCCAUUGGUUUGGGAAAGAAAACGGGGAUAAAAGAGGACAGGAGGAGGACAGGAGGAGGACAGGGGGGAAGCGAGGAACCGCGAGAGAACAUCCAUGGGUGGCUGUGUGGGAAGUCAUCAUGACUCUUCGGGCAGCUUAAACGAGAACUCGGACGGAACCGGAGUGGCUCUGGGGCGAAACCAGCCCCUGAAGAGAGAGAAGCCCAAAUGGAAGAGUGAUUACCCGAUGACGGACGGCCAGCUGCGCAGCAAACGUGAUGAGUUCUGGGACACAGCUCCUGCCUUCGAGGGUCGCAAAGAGAUCUGGGACGCGCUCAAGGCCGCCGUGCAGGCGUUUGAGAGCAACGACCACGAGCUAGCUCAGGCCAUCAUCGACGGGGCGAGCAUUACUCUUCCACAUGGUGCUCUAACCGAGUGCUAUGAUGAGCUGGGAAACCGCUACCAGCUCCCAGUCUACUGCCUCUCUCCUCCCGUCAACAUGAUCGAAGAAAAGAGUGAGACGGACGCUCCUGAGGCCCCUGAGGCUCCGCCCACCGAAGGACACGAGUGCCAGCUUCGUCUGCGUCUUUCGACGGGUCGCGACCUUCGUCUGGCCGUGCGCUCCGGAGACAGCGUGCUGUUCAUGAAGCGGCGUCUGCAGGCGCAGGAAGGCCUCGAGGCGUCCAGCCAGCGCUGGUUCUUCUCGGGACGUCCUCUCAGCGACCGCAUGAAGCUGCACGAGCUGAACAUCUCCAAAGACUACGUCGUACAGGUGAUCGUCAGCCAGCCGCCGCCAGUCGAGAACUGAUGCGAAGAUCCUCCAGCGAUUUCUUUCCUCCGAGACACGGACGAUCGCCUGGUGACGUGCAGAACGUCGGAGAUCUUACCUGGGAUGGAAUCCUGGAGCGCGCUGCUCCAAAAGACAGACGUGAGCAGAUUCAUGAAGUGCUUUCUUUUCUUCUUCUUCUUUUAUUUCAUUUAUAUGUCUGCAAAGCAGGCCUGAACAUACGGACGUCUACGAGACUUUCCUACAGCCACGGCUCGGCUUUUAACAAAUCUCUCUCUAAAAAAAAAAAAAAACAAGAAAUCUCCGGAAUGAGACGUAUGGGGAAUAUAAGAGUAUAUAUAUAAAAGAAGGAAUCUGCUUUUUAUGUCUUUCACCAGGUUCAGAUUCUUUGAUGUCAGGUGUCCGUCUAGUGUGUUUCUAGACGUCUAGACGACUCUCUUGCACUGUAAAACAAUCUAAAGUGAAUGUUUUUUUUCUGCAGAAGGGAAAAUUCUUUUGUGUGAUAACUCGAGCUGUUCCGGAGACAAUUUGAGGCUUGUGUGUUUGGACACAUUGGAGGCUUCACGUAACAUUCCUUAUUGCUGUAUGGAGACGAGAUGAAGGUUCCUCCAGGUUUCCCUCCGUUUCUCUCAUUGCUCUCAUCGUGCAAGAGCAGGUUUUAAAAGGAGCGUCAUCAUGACCACACUCAGGGGUCGUGGAGGGAACCGAGGGUCAGAAGAUCACUGAAGACAGAAUAAAGUGAUGCUGAUGAGGAGAACGUAGCAGAGACGUCAUUUCCUCCUGCUACAUGUUUGUAAACGCCCUCUGUCAUGUCGGAAAAAAAACAUUGGUUUAUUUUAUUGAUACAGAAUGCAUUUUUAAUUAAAACACAAUCGUUUCUAAUCAAA